AUGGCAGCCAGAGCCUUGCGAAGAUACCCAUUCUUCCUGCGUCGUCUCGUCCACUGGUUUGUGCCCGAAUGCCAAAGAAUCCGACGUGAUCUUCGCGAGGCACGUCGCAUCUUGAAGCCGAUCAUUGAGCAGCGGCUCGAGAGAAACCGGCAGGCAGCAGCUAGAGGUGAGCAUGUGUCUAAGAUCGAAGACACGAUCGGCUGGCUGCAUGACGGAUAUCAGGAACAGGGGCUGGCGCCGGAUCUGGCUACCUCUCAGCUCGGUCUGGCUAUGGCAGCUAUCCAUACCACCACAGAGCUCCUGACUGGAUCUCUACUCGACCUCUUUGCUACCCCUCAAAUACUGGGGGAUGUGAGAGGCGAGAUGAGGACGGUGCUCGACGCCCAGUUAUGGAAGAAGACAACGCUGUACCAGUUGAAACUGCUCGACAGCGUGUUGAAAGAGUCUCAGAGAUUGCACACACGAGACGUAGCGACCAUGAGACGAAUCGUAGAGGACCCGCUGGAAUUAUCCGAUGGAACAACGCUGCCAAGAGGUGCUUACACCAUGGUCAGCUUCCAGAACCUCAGAGACCCUAGCAUCUAUCCAGAUCCCGACGUCUUCAAUCCCCGUCGCUUCCUAGAUUUACGCCAGCAACCCGGACAGGAGAACAGGUGGCAGCUUGUGAGCACGAGCCCUGAGCAUUUGGCUUUUGGCCACGGCCUUCAUGCUUGUCCAGGGCGAUUCUUCGCGUCGAACGAGGUUAAGGUCGCUCUAUGCCAUCUACUUCUCAAAUAUGACUGGAAGCUAGCCGAUGGGAUCGAUCGACCGAAAGACAUUGUUUACGGUAGCGAGAUGGGGGUAGACGGUAAUGCCAAGGUGCUGUUCAGGAGGAGGGAAGAGGAAGUACCGCUGUGA